UUAAAAAUGGACGGAUGUCGCCUCUGCCUAGACCCGCACGCAACGGGUCCCAUCUAUCCACUGGAGGACCCCGUUUAAAGGAACAGUUGACCACGGUGUUCAACUUUGCCAUCAACGCAGACGUCGGCGGAAUAUGCCAGCAGUGUUCCACGACCGUGUCCGAGUUUUACCAAUUUGCGAUCAAGGUUCGCAAUAAUCAAGAGCAACUCAUCAGCGGCACGCUGCAGGCUGAAUCGGUUAAUGUAAAAGUCGAAGCCACCGAGUUUGUCGAGGCUCAGAUUGGGGAGGGUGAUGAGACGUUUUCGGAAAGGGAAUUUAAGGAGGAACUAUCGGAGGACGAUAAGGAUUUCAGCGAUGACGACGAGUCGUACGACCCGCCAGGGGAGGGCAAGAAGGCUGCUGAAUCGGAUGAUGAAGAGAUUGAAGAUUCUGAACCAUUGAGCAAGCGGAAACGGAGGCAGACCAAAGAGCGUAAAUUGAAGAAAGUGAAGAGAUUGGAUGAUGAAGACGGGGUUAAGCGGAGGGGCCGCAAACAUGCGUCCAAAGAGCAAGUCGAGGCUGACUUUAAGAAAAUCUACGAAUUCUACAAAAUGGUCUGCGAUGAUUGUGGAAUCGUAGUGGAAGACUUUCCCACGUUGGACGCUCACUACCAGGAGGUGCACGAUCGAGGUGGGUUCAUCGUAUGCUGCAAGCGGAAGCUGUCUAUCCGGAGCAAGAUGUUGGAGCACAUGCAAUUGCACGAGAAUCCCGAUGCAUUCCGGUGCAAGGUUUGCGGCAAAAACUACAAGGGAAAGGACAACUUGAUGAUGCACACGCUGAAGGCGCACAGCCCGGAGGAAGAACAGGUGUUCAAAUGCGAUUUGUGUCCGCAGUCGUUUGCAUUGAAUCACAUGCUGAAGGCACACAUGAUGAAACAUCAGAAGGUAGAAUGUACAGAGUGUGGCAAGAUGUUGUCCAGCAAGGGUGCGCUUCGUUCGCAUCAGAUCAACAUGCACAGCGACGUCGAUCGAAGGAUGAUCUGCGAUACCUGCGGGCAGGAAUUCCUAAAUAAGUUUAGCUUCGAGCGACAUGUUAAGGAACAUGCUGGGAUUGAAGUGUUGAAGCGGUUCCAGUGUCACAUCUGCCAAAAGUGGCUACGCGGAGAACGAGGACUUCAGCACCAUCUUCACUACACGCAUUACGAUCGCGAGAAGACACAUAUCUGCGACAUCUGUAACAAGCAAUAUCCUACUGGACGAGCGUUGUACAGUCAUCAGCAGAUCGUCCACGUGAUCGAGAAGUACGAGUGUGAAUUUUGCGGUGCAAAGUUCAAGCAGCCGCUGAAUCUGAAGGAACAUCGAACCAUUCACACCGGAGAGGUUCUGUACUCGUGCGAAUAUUGCGAAAAAUCAAUGAACUCCAGAGCAAACUUCUACAUGCACAUCAAGAGGAAUCACCCGUUCGAGUGGGCGCAGAAGAAGAAGAAAGCAGAGGAAAGUAAGAUGCCGAAGGCUACGAGUACCUAGUUGAAUAAAAUGCCAUAAAUCCACUUA